UUAAACUCACUUCAAGUUUCUACAAUGGCCUCUCUAAUGAAAUCGGCCUCAAAAACUCUUGAUGGGGAUGAUCAACAAGAAGAAAACACUUUCCCCUAUGCAAUGAAGGUGGCGACCUCCAUUGUCUUGCCCAUGGCCAUGCGAUCGGCGGUCGAGCUUGGCGUUUUUGAAAUCCUAGCAAAAGCGGGUCCUGGAGCCAAACUCUCCCCCUCGCAGAUUGUACAACAGAUGCCCACCAAGAACCCGGAGGCAGCCAUGAUGCUGGACCGUAUUCUGAGGAUGUUGGCCACCCACUCUCUACUGUGUUGCUCUGUGGUCGCUAAUGACUCAUCAGGAUCUUUCAAGAGGCUUUACAGUCUUUCUCACAUGUCUAAACACUUCGUCAGCAAUGAAGAUGGUGUCUCUUUGGGACCUUUCAUGGCCUUGCUUCAAGACAAGGUCUUCAUAGAUAGCUGGUCCCAACUGAAAGAUGCAGUUCUUGAGGGAGGAAUUCCAUUCAACAGGGUUCAUGGCACGCACGCCUUCGAGUAUCCCGGCUUGGACCCCAGGUUCAACCAGGUUUUUAACACAGCCAUGUUCAACCACACUACCAUUGUUAUUAAGAACAUCCUUCACUCCUACAAAGGCUUUGAACAAGUCAACCAAUUGGUUGAUGUCGGUGGCGGUCUAGGAGUCACCCUCAAUUUGAUCACUUCCAGAUACCCCCAUAUCAAGGCCAUUAAUUUCGAUUUGCCCCAUGUUAUUCAACAUGCCCCACAUUAUCCUGGUGUAGAACAUGUCGGGGGAGACAUGUUCGAAAGCGUUCCUAAGGGGGACGCCAUUUUUAUGAAGUGGAUUCUCCAUGAUUGGAGUGAUGAACAGUGCUUGAAGCUGCUGAAGAACUGCUACGAGGCAACUCCAAAUGAUGGAAAGGUGAUUGUUGUGGAUGCAGUUCUUCCGAUUGUGCCUGAGAUUAGCACUUGUGUGCAGAGCAACUGUCAAAUGGAUGUGCUUAUGAUGACUCAAAACCCAGGAGGGAAGGAAAGGACGGAAGCAGAGUUCAUGGCCUUGGCAACUAAAGCAGGAUUUAGUGGCAUCAAAUAUGAAUCUUUUGUCUGUAAUUUUUGGGUUAUGGAGUUCUUCAAGUAGAUUGCUUGCUUAUUGAAAUACUAGGAAAUGUAUCAUGUGUUUCGUUUGAACCUUCAAAUAAAAAAUUUUACAGUCUAA